AUGAGAUCAACAUUUGUUUUCUUAGCCAGUCUUUCGUUGGCCAUGCUCGCAAAUGCCGCGCCAGUAGGAGUGAAUCUUGGUGCUUCUAAAGCAGUCACUCAAAUCAGUACACAAAGUGCUCAAGGCGAAUUUUCAAGUGAAGACUUUAAUAUUGAUCAACUUGAAUUUCAACUUGCUGAUGAAUUUGAUGGAUUCUCUGGUGAUUUUAAUACUGCUGUUGACCCAGUUCCUCAUAUUGAUUUCAAAAUCCCGCAGCUUCCAAGUUUCAAUUUCACUGCUUGGGCCACAACUACAAUCAAAGACGAUGAAAUUCCACCGCAAGUGCAAAGAGAAUAUGAAGGCAUCUUUGAUAAAAUGUGUGAUUCUGCUUUGAGCAGAUUUUGGAAACUUGGUCAAUGUAUUUCCAAAACUGAUGCAUAUCAACAAUUAAACUCUUCAUUCUGGUAUCAGGCUGCCAAGCAGCAGCUUUGUGGAUACCCAAUGCAAUGGGAAUCUUCUACUAAAGAAAAACCAACUUGGUCCAACCUAACUUUGCCAACUUUCAAUUUCACUGCUCCACAUUUGAACAAAACAGUUCAGACCUUCAGAAAAGACAUUUAUACUCCAAUUUCUACUAGCAAUACUGAGCUUGAGAAAGCUGUUGAUAUCAAUGAUGAGUUACAGGCUGAAUAUUUGUACGUCAUUCAAAAAAAGUACGGUAAUGCCAAGAACAUCACUAGUGAGCAGAUCAAGGCCAUUGGCCAGGAAAACAGUCUUCCGGAGAUGGAUAAGCGUGGAAUUGGUGCUAUCAUUGGCUACGUUACUGGUGGAUCUAGUUUAACUACUGGUGCUUGUAUGAAGCUUUGUGAUCAAAUCAGAAUUGGUGCAAACAAAGUUGAUCAAUGUUGGGAAGUCACUGGUUUGAGUGUUCUUUACGGUGUUUGUAAUGCCGGUUGCAUGUAUUACAUUUAA